AGGAGCAUCCAGUUCAAAGCCCUCACCCUUGAACUGAAUGGUUGACCAGCCGCCCGCCCUGCACACAGGCAGGCCCCGCUGGAGCAGCCCUCUGCCUGCUGACUAUGUCCAGUUGCAAGUGCCAGUUCUUCAGCAGUUGUAUCACUGGGACUGUGGGCUAGCCUGCUCCAGGAUGGUUCUGCAGUACCUGAAUCGUUUGAAUGAUGAGGAAUUUCAGAAAGCCAUCCGGGAUCUCCGGUUAACAAAAAGUAUCUGGACCAUUGACUUGGCCUACCUAAUGCGGCACUUCGGUGUAAAGCAUAGGUUCUGCACACAGACACUUGGAGUGGACAAGGGCUACAAAAAUCAGUCAUUCUACAGGAAACACUUUGACACUGAAGAGAACAGAGUGAAUCAGCUGUUCGCACAAGCCAAAGCCAGCAAGGUGCUGGUAGAAAAGUGCACAGUGACUAUGCAGGACAUUCAGGAACACCUGUCCCAAGGUCAUAUAGCCAUUGUCCUGGUGAAUGCAGUCUUGUUAUUGUGUGAACUUUGCUCAAGUCCUGUCAAAUAUUGCUGCUUCCUCCCUAUUGGCCAGAAGUGCUUCUGCAGGAAUCCUGACUACCAGGGCCAUUUCAUUGUGCUAUGUGGCUAUAACAAAGCUUCAGGGAGUGUCUACUACAACAACCCUGCCUAUGCAGAUCGAACAUGCAGCACCAGCAUCAGUAAUUUUGAGGAAGCCAGGACAAGUUAUGGCACAGAUGAGGAUAUCCUGUUUAUCUACACGGACAGCUGACAUCCAAACUUGUUGUUCUGUCACUUCUGGCGCAGUCAACCCAACACCUCAAUGGCACCUGGCUGCUUGUCUCAGGACUCUUACUGCAGCGACUUAGCUCCUGAAUUGCUGUGGGAUCUUAAACAAGGGAUGCUUUAUAGACAUUCAUUCAAAUACAUUGCAGUGUUGUCUUCAUCUUUUUAUUCCUGAAUAUGAAAUACCUGAUGUUGCAAUAUAUAAAACACAUUUUAAUUUUAGUAUUGCAUGUUUGAGAGCAGUUUCAAAAUGCAGUCCCCUCAGAGUCCAACUCUUACAAUUGGCUGUGAGCUUGUUUCUGAAUUAAAUACUUGAAAUAAAACAUGCCAACACAAAUUUAAUCCUCAGUUGGGAAAUUGUGUAUAGGUUCAGCUACAUAAAGCAAGAAAGGAAAUAUAUGCUGGCUUGCCUUCAACAUUGUCAGAGCAGAUCUUCAACUAGAUCUAGUUAUUUAAUGGUCAGUAGGGUGUAGACAGAAUAAUAUUACACCUGGCCCCUGAUUAUUUUUUUCAAGGAAGAAAAUGACGUGUCAGCUGUUGACAUUCAGUGGUGGAACCUAUCAGCGUUGCCUGCAUAAUAGGAAUGAAA